UUUUUACGUUUUUUCUGGCAUUUUGGUUGUGAAUGAGAUUAAUAUAGUAUAAUAUCAAGGAAGGUAAAAUAUAUAGCAACGUUGGCCCAUUCCAUUUACAUAUAGUUUUUUUUUUCUCUGACAACUUGUGGGAUUGGAAUAGUAACACAGUCCAUAGUCCAUACUUGAUCUAGAAGACCCAGAAUUGAUUACCCAAAUAGACAUAAAUAUAUAUCUCUCUAUCUAUAUCUCUAUUCUUUUGCUAUAUAAACACCUUUGUGGAAGCAGAGAGCAGUAGUAGUACUACACACAAGAACAUAAAAUAAAUUCACUUCAUUUCAUUCAUGUAAUGGCAGUGAAAGAAAGUAACACAGGCCAAAACCAAAAUAAUAACAAUAAUAAUACAAGUAGUAAUCAGCAGAAGCAAGAACAAGAAGGUUGUGAUCCUUGCAAGUCUUUUGGGCAGAAGUGUAGCCACCUUGUGAAGAAGCAGAGAGCCAAAUUCUACAUUCUACGCCGCUGCGUCGCCAUGCUUUUGUGCUGGCACGAGCGUGCCGACCACUGAAGAUUCUCAACUCAAUUCAGAGCAGGGAGUAGAGCAGUUAAUUGGUCAAGUAUCAUCGUCUUUUAAUUUCUUUUUACCCUUUUAUUGUGAUCAUUAUUAUAAGAUUUGUGGAACAUAAAAUUGGGUACUAUGCCAUAAUAGUAGACAAUGUUACUUUUUAUGAUUGAUUCCUUAUCGAACUACAUUGUUCUGUGUGUAAUUAAUUAUGUGCAGCUAACAUGUGAGGAAGCGGGUAAGAUCCGUUUCAACUCUCAGAAUUAUUGCUGAGUAGAUC